CAGCUUGCAUUGUUGAAGGCAGAGAACCAAAGCCUUCGAGCAGCAAAUGAGGCGCUAAGCAAACGCCGGAGGAUAAAAAAAAAACGGCUACGGCAAGGAGGAUCGCUUACUGUGCAGGAUGGACAGGAUUUGCAAGCCCAGAGAGAUGUUGAGGUGCAGAUACGGGCGGAAACACAGGCGGGCAGUGGUCGGAAGCCGAAAAUCGAGACGCGCACGCGGCGUUGUGGCAGAUGCGGCGAGCCUGGCCAUAAUGCACGCACCUGUCAAGGAGUUGCAAAAGUGCCCGAGGAAGACCAUUCCGAGUAA